AUGGGUUUUUUGGUGGAUCAUCCCCACACAGCAAUUACAGAGACUGUAUAUCGUGUUGUCACAAUGGAUGAAUAUGAACUGGAAAGUAACUUACCUAGCUUGGUCCGUAUGAUAAAGGACGCUUCGAGUGACUAUCAGUACACUUUGAAUCAAGAGGAACUUGCUAGAGCUAUUAGAAAGAAAUUGAAGUAUGGAUCAAAAUUGCAGCAGGUCCGAUCUCUCGAUUUAUUGAACAUGUUGAUCUCUCAAGGUAUCAAGUUUUCCACAGUUUACAAUGAUGAUAAGCUAAUUGAGAGAUUGGAUGUUGUAACUACUGCGAAAGUCAUGAAUAAAAGAGAUGGCCAGGGUAAACCAUACUCUUCAAGAGUUGUUAAAAAUUGUAAUAAGUACCUUAUAUCAUGGAAUGAUUACAUUUUAGAUAAUGGACUGGAUCGUUCUCGUUGCUAUAGAAGUAUAUUGGAUUUAAGUGAAAAAGUAAGAACGAACUAUAGUAAUAACAUUAGUAGUAAGAAAACUUCUAAAAAUAAAUCAACUUCGAGACGUGGAUUUUUAAAUGAUCGCGCUGAUGAAUCAAUGAACUAUUACAAGAAACCGAAGACUGCGGAUCAACUGUACAGGAUACCUCCUAUUGACUUGAAGAAGGAGUCUCCGAAGAUUAGUUUGACUUUAAGUAAUGCACUUGCAGCUGCUAUUGCGCUGGAAAAUUCGUUAAUUACAUUACCUGCAGGUAAGAAUGCAAUGGAUGAUGAAGAAGUAACUGAAAAAUUUGUGAAGGCCAGAGAUAUAAGAAGAAAAGUACUCAGGUACUUACAAUUGGUCACAGAGGGAGAGUUCCUAGGGUCUCUAAUCCAUGCAAAUGAUAAGUUGGUUGAAGCAUUAACGAAAUUUGAUGAAAGAAGUUGGGAAGAAGGUACUGAUGGAGUGAGAGAUGACGAUGAUGACGAUGAAGGUUACGAUGAUGAUAGCAUAAACAAUUAUGAAACUGAUGACAGUGAUGACAUGGACGAAAGCCGCAACACUGUCUCAAGCAGUGCUCCAAGACGUAAUAUUGAGACAGAUAUAUAUGCCAAUACAACAAAGGGCUCCUCAUCUAACCCAUUUGGUGAUCAAAACGAAAUCUAA